GCUGAUGGCGGCGGAGGCGCGGAUGGCAGAGGCGAAGGGGGACGGCGACCCCGCGGCCGGACAGGAGCUGCUGGUGGCCUGGAACACCGUGAGCACCGCGCUGGUGCCGCCGGCUGCGCUGGGGCUGGCGUCGUCACGGGCCAGCGGGGCCGUCCCACCGAAGGAAGAGGAGCUCCGGGCAGCGGUGGAGGUUCUGCGGGGCCACGGGCUUCACUCGGUCCUGGAGGAGUGGUUCGUGGAGGUGCUGCAGAACGACCUGCAGAACAACAUCUCCCCGGAGUUCUGGAAUGCCGUCGCCCAGCACGAGAACGCCGCGGACGAGCCUCAGUGCCUGCUGCUGCUCCUCGGCGCCUUCGGCCUGCUGGAGAGCCGCCUGGAUCCCUACCUGCACGGCUUGGAGCUCCUGGAGAAGUGGUCUCGCCUGGGCCUGCUCGUGGGCGCGCGUGCGCAGGGGCUGCGGGAAAAGGUCCACACCAUGUUGCGGGGCAUCCUGUUCUUUUCCACGCCCAGGACCUUCCAGGAGAUGAUCCAGCGCCUCUACGGACGCUUCUUGAGAGUCUACAUGCAGAGCAAGAGGAAGGGCGAGGGGGGCACCGACCCAGAGCUGGAGGGGGAGCUGGACAGCCGCUACGCUCGUCGCCGGUACUACCGGCUCCUGCAGAGCACGCUGUGUGCCGGCUGCGGCAGUGACAGGCAGCAGUGCUGGUGUCGCCAGGCCCUGGAGCAGUUUCAGCAGCUCAGCCAGGUCUUACACAGGCUAAACCUGCUGGAACGGGUCAGUGCCGAGGCUGUGACCACCACACUGCACCAGGUGACCCGAGAGAGGAUGGAGGACCGCUGCCGGGGCGAGUAUGAGCGCUCUUUCCUGCGGGAGUUCCACAAGUGGAUCGAGAGGGUGGUUGGCUGGCUCAGCAGAGUGUUCCUCCAGGAUGGACAGGCCAGGCCUGCGUCUCCGGAGGCCAGCACCAUGUUGCGUCGCUGGCGCUGCCACGUUCAGCGCUUCUUCUACCGCAUCUACGCGGGCUUGCGUAUCGAGGAGUUCUUCAGCAUCAUCCGAGACUUCCCUGACUCGCGGCCGGCCGUGGAGGACCUCAGGUACUGCCUGGGGAGGACCAACCAGAGACAGCAGCUGCUCAAGUCCCUGAAGGCAGCCCUGGAGACCCGACUCCUGCACCCAGGCGUGAACACGUGUGACAUCAUCACACUCUACAUCUCGGCCAUCAAGGCACUGCGUGUAUUGGACUCUUCCAUGGUCAUCCUGGAGGUGGCCUGUGAGCCCGUCCGCCGCUACCUGAGGACACGGGAGGACACAGUACGGCAGAUUGUGGCGGGGCUGACCGGGGACUCCGAUGGGACCGGGGACCUGGCUGUUGAACUGUCCAAGACCCACCCCUCAAGCUUGGAGACUGGUCAAGACAGUGAGGACGACUCGGGCGAGCCUGAGGACUGGGUCCCAGACCCCGUGGACGCUGACCCAGGGAAGUCCAGCUCCAAGCGGCGCUCCUCUGACAUCAUCAGCCUGCUGGUCAGCAUCUACGGCAGCAAAGACCUCUUCAUCAACGAGUACCGCUCACUGCUCGCUGACCGCCUCCUGCACCAGUUCAGUUUCAGCCCGGAGCGGGAGAUCCGCAACGUGGAGCUGCUGAAGCUGCGCUUUGGAGAGGCCCCCAUGCUCUUCUGCGAGGUCAUGCUGAAGGAUAUGGCAGACUCCAGGCGCAUCAAUGCCAACAUCCGGGAGGAGGACGAGAAGCGUCCUGCCGACGAGCAGCCGCCGUUUGGGGUCUACGCAGUCAUCCUGUCCAGUGAGUUCUGGCCGCCUUUUAAGGAUGAGAAGCUGGAGGUUCCCGAGGACAUCAAAGAGGCCUUGGACGUCUACUGCAAGAAAUACGAAAAGCUGAAGGCCAUGCGGACCCUCAGCUGGAAGCACACGCUGGGCCUGGUGACCAUGGACGUGGAGCUGACUGACCGCACACUGUCUGUGGCCGUGACGCCCGUCCAGGCUGUGAUUCUGCUGUACUUCCAGGAGCAAGCCAGCUGGACGCUGGAGGAGCUGAGCAAGGCGGUGAAGAUGCCGGUGGCCCUGCUGCGGCGCCGGCUGUCAGUGUGGUUGCAGCAGGGUGUGCUGCGGGAAGAGCCCCCUGGCACUUUCUCAGUCAUUGAGGAGGAGCGGCCCCAGGACCGGGACAGCAUGGUGCUGAUGGACAGUGAUGAGGAGAGUGACUCCGGAAUGGCCUCCCAGGCUGACCAGAAGGAGGAGGAGCUACUGCUCUUCUGGACCUACAUCCAGGCCAUGCUCACCAACCUCGAGAGCCUGUCCCUGGAGCGAAUCUACAGCAUGCUGCGCAUGUUCGUCAUGACGGGGCCCGCGCUGGCUGAGAUUGACCUGCAGGAGCUCCAGGGCUACCUGCAAAAGAAAGUACGUGACCACCAGCUUGUCUACUCUGCCGGCGUCUACCGCCUGCCCAAAACCUGCAGCUGA